CAGAGGAAAAAAGAAAAAGAAAAGCAUUUGCGUUGAAAAGCUUGCUCGACACUCUUUUCAUUUCUCCAAAGAAAAAUGAGCAUGGAAUCGACUCGCUCAGACAACUCGGCCAAAAGAAGCUUCAAUAAUAACCGUAACUCGGCCUCUUCAAAUUCAAAUUCAAAUUCAAACCCUUCCAAUAAGAAGAAAAAAACCAGUCAGAAAACCCUAGGCGUCGCUUGGGGCUCCAGUUCUCGCUCUUCGUCUCGCUCCUCCUUCAACAAUUCACCGUUCUCCAAUUUCGGCAGUUAUAUGGUAGAGAAGAAUAGGAAACUUCAGAACCAGUUUGAAGCCGAAGCUUCGACUUCUUCUCAUGGUGGUUCGGGUUCUGUGAAGCCUAUAUUCGAUGGGGUUUCCAUCUUUGUCGAUGGUUUCACGGUUCCUUCCAGUCAGGAACUGCGAGGCUACAUGUUAAAGCAUGGUGGAAGAUUUGAGAAUUACUUUUCAAGACGUUGUGUAACCCAUAUCAUCUGCAGUAAUCUUCCUGAUAGUAAAAUUAAGAAUUUGAGGUCCUUUAGCCGUGGGCUCCCUGUGGUAAAACCCGCGUGGAUUUUGGAGUCUGUUGCUGCCAAUAAACUUUUGAGUUGGGUUCCGUACCAACUCGAUCAGCUUGCUAAUAACCAACCAAAGUUGUCAUCAUUUUUUACUCUGAAAAGAAGCUCAGUCUCCAACAGUGCCUCAACUCAUGCACCUUGUCAAGUAAAUCCUGAAGCUGAGGAUUCGUCUUUAAAAGUUGGUACAUCAGGUGAUACAUAUUUUUCUGAAGUGAGUGCACCCUUUGAGCACCAUAAGCAAAUUAGUAGAGAAUCAGAUGAUCUUGUGAAUGAGAACUCUAAUGCAUCAUUAGUUGAGGAGACCACUAGCAGUUCUGGCAAACCCUGUGAAGUGGCUAUGGGAAUACCAAGUAAUAUUGACGCAAAAGAUGAGAGCAGUGUAAAAAAUGAUCUGCAGUCAAGUCAUUACCAACCCGCUGCACUUGUUAGCAGCAACUGCAUAAACAACCAAAAUAUUAAAGGUUCACCAAGUUCAAUGGUCAGUGAGCCUUCUAAUCAGAGUCAUUCAACUCUUGGGGAUCCAAAUUUUGUGGAAAAUUAUUUCAAGAACUCGAGGCUGCACUUCAUAGGCACCUGGAGAAAUCGAUACCGUAAACGUUUUCACAGCUUAUCUAAUGGGUUUAAUUGCACAAGUUCUAAUAUUAAAGCCUCUCCUCUGAAGACUGCCAUUAUGCAUGUUGACAUGGAUUGCUUCUUUGUCUCAGUUGUCAUCAGGAACCAUCCUGAAUUACGAGAUAAGCCUGUUGCUGUAUGCCAUUCAGACAACACGAAAGGAACUGCUGAAAUUUCAUCUGCAAACUACCCUGCUCGAGAUUAUGGAAUUAAGGCUGGAAUGUUUGUUAGAAAUGCCAAGGCUCUUUGUCCCCACUUGGUCAUUUUUCCAUACAACUUUGAAGCUUAUGAGGAGGUAGCUGAUCAGUUUUAUAACGUAUUGCAUAAGCAUGGCAACAAAGUGCAGGCUGUAAGCUGUGAUGAAGCCUUUUUAGAUGUGACUGACUCAGAGGGGGAUCCCCAGCUUCUAGCUUCAAAAAUAAGAAAAGAGAUUUUUGAGACUACCAGAUGCACUGCAAGUGUUGGUAUUGCUGGGAAUAUGCUUAUGGCUCGCCUUGCCACUAGAACUGCAAAACCAGAUGGUCAAUGUUACAUUCCUCCUGAAAGGGUUGAUGAUUAUUUAAGUCAACUUCCAAUCAAGACACUUCCAGGGAUAGGGCAUGUUUUAGAGGAGAAGUUGAAGAAGCAAGAUGUUUGGACUUGUGGACAGUUGCGUAUGAUUUCCAAGGACUCUCUUCAAAAGGACUUUGGACUGAAGACUGGGGAGAUGCUAUGGAAUUAUAGCAGGGGACUAGAUAAUCGGCUGGUUGGGUUAAUUCAGGAAAGCAAAUCUGUAGGUGCUGAAGUGAAUUGGGGUGUGAGGUUCAAGGAUGUGAAAGAUGCUCAAAACUUCCUCUCAAACCUCUGCAAGGAGGUUUCGUUGCGCUUGCAAGGAUGUGGAGUGGAAGGGCGCACUUUUACCCUCAAGAUAAAAAAGAGAAGAAAAGAUGCCGAGGAGCCUAUAAAGUAUAUGGGCCAUGGAGAUUGCGAAAAUCUGAGUCACUCCACAACGGUUCCAGUUGCUACUGAUGAUGUGGAAGUACUUCAAAGGAUAACAAAGCAGCUUUUUGGGUCCUUCCACUUGGAUGUCAAGGAGAUUCGGGGUGUUGGCUUGCAAGUUUCCAGGCUUGAAAGCACAGAGAAUUCCAAGCAAGGGCUUGAAAGAAAUUCUUUGAAAUCAUGGCUCAACUCUGCCUCAGCCAGAACAGAAGAACUAUGCAAGAACAAUUACGUAGCCAAAGAGAGUUCUAAUCAAGGUUGUGAAGGAGAGGGGGAUGAAACUUUGGGCCAGCUGUGUGGUAAUUCAGUUGGGCUUUCAAUUCAAAUGGACAGUAAUACCUCCAAUGGUGCAGCUUGUCUGAAUGAGGUUUCAGUGCUGCCACCUUUAUGUCAUCUUGAUAUGGGAGUUUUGAAGAGCCUUCCUCCUGAACUUUUUUCAGAGUUGAAUGAAAUAUAUGGUGGGAAAUUGGUUGAUUUGAUUGCUAAAAAUAAAGGUAAAACUGAAAAUAUCAACCAUACUUUGAGCGCUUAUUCACAUGAAAAAAUAGAAGGUGCAAUGAAAGAGGGGCAGGCAGCUCUCCUUUCUAGCAUGGUCUUCCAAAAUGAAAUUCCAGUAGAAAAUAAGGCAGAGCAGCAUAUAGCUAAGGAAGUUCCGUCAGUUUCUGGGGCAGAAUCCUUUGUUCCUGCUUCAGGACUCAAGAAAACUGAUUUGAUACCUUCCUCUCUAAGUCAAGUAGAUACCGCGGUUUUACAACAGUUGCCUGAAGAAUUGAAAGUUGACAUACUUGAGCAUCUUCCUGCACACAGGAUGCAAGUCUUUUCUCCAAAUGUUCUCUUGGAUCCUACAGAAAUCCCUCUGGAAGCAUUAGGUACCAAGACAGCUGAGAACAACUCUGGAUCAAAGGAUUUUGUCUUGGACAACAAUCUUUGGGUUGGAAUUCCUCCACAGUGGGUUGAUAAGUUCAAAGUCAGCAAUUGCUUGAUAUUAAACAUUCUUGCAGAGAUGUAUUACAAAUCAGGCUCAACUGGAAAUUUAUCUCCAAUUCUACAGCGUAUUAGUUCUGUAUCUUUACAUCAACUAGAUGCAUUUCAAGAUGGUUGGGAUGAAGCUAUGUACAUCUUGUGUGAGCUUCUGAAGCAGUAUAUUAAACUAAAGAUAGAAUUAGAUAUUGAAGAGAUCUAUGUUUGUUUUCGUCUUCUUCGAAGGUUUGCAAUGAAAUCAGAAUUAUUCAUACAAGUGUACAAUAUAGUCUCUCCUUACCUUCAGGCAUUGGUUGGAGAAAAAUAUGGAGGAAACUUGCAUAUGUCAUUGAAGGAUUAAUGCUGCACUUAUUCUGUGAUUUCUCUGAUUGAUUAACCUUGUUCCAGUGUCCAAGCGGUGCACUGUGCAAUUCAUGAGGGAUAAUUACCUUUAAACCACAAUGCAAAAUUUGGGGAGUGAAAACCAUAAAUUGGAGGCCUGUAUGAAAGUGUUUUGCUUACGAACCUAUGAACCAGACAAGACAGUUCAAGCAUUGAGCUCGUUUUCGAAACAAGCUAUAUUAGGCCCAAGCUUCAGCUUCAUUAACUUCAUAACCUGGCCCAAUCCAAGCAUAACAGUUGAAGUUCCUGAGACAGAGAUGGAACCUCCCUGAUAAGAUUCUUACACCCAGAUCUUGGAAACAUUUUCAAGUUCUGUUGGUGUUGAAGUGCAUGGCAGUUAAAUUAUUGGAAAUGCUUGAUUGUAGUAGCUUGUGAAUUGCCGCUGCCUCUCCUGCUCCAAAUCUGCACCUUGUGUUGAAGUUUGAAAAUCUGUGUAUUUAAUACAUGAAAGUCCUGUCUGAAAUUGUGAGCUCUUGUUCCAUUUGGUUUUGUUGGGUUUAAUAUUUUGUAUAGUAUUGCACAGGUUGUAAACUAGAGGUGAAGUUAGUUACUCAUUAGUUUCCUCAUAUCCACUUGCUCUCCUUAAUUAGGUGAUUGUAGGCACUUCAAAUUAUCAACAACCCAAAAAAAAAAAAAAAAAAAAAAAAAAAAAAAGAAGAAGAAGAAGAAGAAGAAGAAAAGAGUAGGCACUUCGGUUUGUAGGAUUGCCAAUAGGGCCAAAAGGCUCUGCAGUAAAAAGGAUAAAGGUAUGUUUUCCCUUGCUCAAUUACUUGUAAAUAUAAAUCUUGUAUUUGACCCGGGCAUGAUAUGAUUAUUGUUGUUAGAUUUUGAAAUCCCAAAAUGUAUAUUACUUGUAUUAGUUUGACUUAAGUGUUUUGAUGUAUAUAAAAAUUAGAUGUAUCGACAUAAUUUGACUAAGGGGUUCAGUUUCAAUUGUCUCAAAUUUUAACAUACUUUGACAUUUGUUCCAUUAUAGAAUGAAAUAGCAGGCGUCAUAUUUUUGAAAUGUA